AUGCUUUCCACCCUCCUCACGUUCAUCUUUGGGGACGCAGGGCGCAGGAGCGGGACACGGGAGUCAACCGGCCCAGCAGCGUCUGGCGAUGGGUCUGGCACCGGAGCGCCCUCGCUGCUCGGCCCGGGGGCGUCCGCCGCGCUGGGAGCGAGAGAAUCGGCGGCGGCGGCGGGCAAGGCGCGCGGAGCGGAUGCAGAUGUGAUCUGGGAAAGGAAGCCCAGCACAGCUCAGCGGGACCGCAUCAAGCUAAUGGGUACCCAGCCUGUGGGCAGAAAGGGUGACAAUGGAAUUGGUGUCUUAUUCUUUGGCAAAGGAGAAGAAGGCAUCCACUUCGAUCAGCUCCUUUCCUGGAGUAACCAGAGUGCAGAGACUGCGCAGCUUGACUGCAAGUUCCAGGGGCAGCAAGACUCCAGGGACCUGUGGGCACUUGACCUUGGCCUCCUCAAAGCCUGUGCCCCUGGCCCCUGA